GGUUGCAGAGAACACAGCCCAGCUGCCCCUGGGCCUGCUCACACAUGAAAACUUCCUGCGAUGAGAGCGGAAACAGGUGCCAUCAUCACCAUGACAGCCCCCAGAGCCUGGGCCAGAGGGGAGCCAUGGACAAGCCCCGGGCUCUGGUCCUGCUCUUGGCACUGCUGACACUCUGCAUCACUGCUGGGACACCUGAGGUGUGGGUACAAGUUCAGAUGGCCACCAGGUCCCCAUCUUUCACUGUUCGCUGUGGAUUCCUGGGAUCUAGCAUUAUAUCCCAGGUAACUGUGAGCUCCGGGGGGCCUGAUGGUGCUGGAGGAACCAAGCUGGCUGUCUUGAACCCAGAAUUUGGCACCAAGAAGUGGCCCCCUGCCUACCAGGCCCACUGGGAAACUAAAACCAGCAUCUCCCUCACCCUGGAAGAGUCUGAUGGGAGAAGCCCCAGUCCUAACACCACCUUCUGCUGCAAGUUUACUUCCUUUCCUGAGGGCUCCCAGGAGGCCUGUGGGAACCUCCUCCUCGGCACCGACCAAGAGCUUCCUGCCCUUACUCCAGCCCCUGUUCUGCGAGCUGACCUGGCUGGGAUCUUGGGGGUCUCAGGGAUCCUCCUCUUUGGCUGUAUCUACCUUCUCUACCUGCUGCAUCGGCAGAAGCACCGGUCUGUCAUGAAGCUUCAGCCACCCCUCAGCAGCCUCCCAACACAGACACGAGCAAGGGCCGCCAGCCAAGCUUCCCUGGCUUCUCUCCACAUCCCCUAUGCCACCAUCACCACCAACUACUUCUGCCCGGCAGAUCUGGACACGGUCCUUCCACCCCAGCCAUUGUCCAGGUGGGCGCCGAUCCCCACCCACACAACACACCCGCCUGCCCCCUGGACACCUCUGCCAGCCUCUGCUUGCAGCAGUUUCAUCUCCGUUGAGAAUGGACUCUAUGUUCAGUCAGGAGAGAGGCCUCCCCACAUCCGUUCCAACCUCAUCCCUUUCUCUGACCCUCGGGGGCCCAGAGCUAGGGAGGGACAUAUAAGAGUUCAAUGAGAGGGGCCCCAAGUCUACUCAGCCUUCCUCACCUCCCAGGCCUCUGGGACCCCCUUCCAUUGGUGUUUGCACAUCUUAUUAGGCCUCUAAUUAGUGUUUCCACACCCACCCAGCCAGGGCCCACUUGCUGUGGAUGUGGUCAGCGUAUGUGCUCGUGUGGGUUACCUGUGGGCACGUGUGUGUAUGAAAGGUGACAAAACCCAUGCCAGGUCGUUUCCUGUUUUCAAGUACUCAGCCCUCCCAGGCAAUGUCAGUAACUAAGUUAACAGAAACAGUUUAUUUGACUGAGGUCUUGGCUGGGCCUUUUCUUCUUUGGGAACUUAAGAGGUUAGAGGUAUUUUCGACCGCUGGCAGGUAGGAGCCAGGUUGGAAUCAGAGGAGGCAGGGCGCCAGUACAGGACAAUUUCCCUGCCCUGACCCCUCCCAGACAAGGGGUCCCUGGGGCUGGGGUUGCCGUGUCAGGCAGGGGACUCCUGGCCCUACAGGCCUUGCUGAGGGACACCAGGUGAGAUUGACAGGACUGGCGGUCCGAUGGCCGCAGGCAGGAUAGUCCAUAUUCAAACCCCACCAUGUCCUAGGACAGCACAAGGGCUUCUGGGGCUUCAACUUGAGAUAAGACCUUGUGGUUUGACUUAGUGUCCCUAUAACAGGGCUCCCUGGGAUGGCCUGGGGGUGAGCUCUGAUGUCCCCCAUCCAGAGCUGACACUCAGAGGCAGGGCACCUACCUCAUAUCUGCCCACAGUGGCUUCCUUUUGCUACCCCUGUGUCACUAGGGAACCAGGACUACUCCCCACUGGCCACUAGCAGACAGGCGCACUUGACACAGGGACUGAACUCACGCUCCCCUGCCCAUUAAUCUUCCCGUCCAGGAUGCAGCUCUCCUUCUGUAAACAGACGUAGCAGUCUGGGCCCCAUCACACAUCUGCCACAUAAGACAACGUGUGAGAGAGCUCUGUAAGCUGAGAGGCUCCACAGGAAUGUGGGGGAUUCCAUGAAGUGUGGGGAGACAGUGGAGCUCUGGAGCCAGGCUGAGCCUGCACUUCCAACCAGGGUGAAUCCUAGUUCAGGGGCAUACCUGCCACUUAGCCCCUUCCUUGGUCCUACAUACGGGAAAUCCCAUGUAGAACCAGUUGCCAAAGCAGGAACCACCCUUUGUGCUUCUGCCUGUCUCAGGGAGGGCCUGCCUGGAGACCAUGUUCAACCACAGAAUCUUCUAGAAAACCAGCUUACUAUUCCAGUUGUGCUCAAAAGAGGCCUUCUCAGAACCCAGGCCCAUCCAGCCACCAACUCCACACUCUGCUGGGGAGAAGGUGGACCAGACAUGGUGAGGGGGUGGUGAAGGGGUUAUUGGGCCUGCCUCCCUCAGCCAGUGAUCAUCCUCCUCUGAGGAGGAGCCCCUGGCACUUGCCUAGACAGCUCAGUGGUCCCUGCAGGGCUGGGGGUCUAAAGGAGAGGGGAGGGGUUGCUGUGGAAGUCCCUACGGAGGGCGAGAAAGAUGUCAGUGGGGGAGGAAGUAGCUGAGGGCCCAGCCACUUUGGAACCAUGUCAAGACCAGGGACAGGGGUCGGGGGGACAGUGGGGCUUGCAGGGUCUCAGGGAGGCCUUAGGAGGUUUACUUCUCUAGGAAGGGAAGUACCAUUCAUGGGACAAGGGGAGCUCUGAGGAGUCCCCAGCCCCUAGCCCAGCUGCCAGCCAGGUUACUUGCCUCUAAGGGAGUUGAGGGAGAGGUCCUCUGGCCUGAGCUGGUCUUCCACAAACAAGCUCAGGAGGCCACAGCCCAGCCUGGUCUUGGUGGUACGCAGAACCAAUAUCCUGGAGAUGAAGGGAAUCUCUGCAGCUGGUCUGCUCCCCAGUGUCCACCCCCAAGUGCCAGACCCAGCAGUGCCGAGGGGAGCAGCUGAGAGGACCAUCUUGUGGCUCUACAUUUGUGGGUAUGUGGCUGGACACAGCCUGGGGGAUCAGGCAGUCCGGGCCCCCUUCUCAGACCCAGUCUGGGAGAUCGUGCUCACAUUCAUUCAACAAGUGUAGAAACUGGGACCCGAAAGAGGACUUGCUCAAGUAGACAGAACUGAAUCAGCCCCAGGACAUCCACAGACAGGCAUCCAGGUUGUGCCCUCACACAUAACCCAAGAGAAGGCUUGUGCUUUGAACUUGCCCUGGGUUUGAUCCCAAGGGCUACUUACUCCCUGGCUGUGGGACCCAGAGGACUUAGCUUCUGCGAGGCUCACUUGCUCAUCUGGCAAGUAGUAAGGGUGAUAAGGCCUGAAGGGAGUGGAGACUGUGCAGUAGGGCCCAGUACCAAGCAGCUCUGCCUGGGGUAUCUUAUUUGGGACUUCAGCAACCCCAAGGGGAAGGUAGUAGGUAUUUUCAAUAGUAUAUUUAACAGAUGUGGAGCCUGAGCCCAGGGUCACAGACUGGAAGAAAGAGGUGCUCGUAGCAGUGGGGGAAGAGGAGGCCUGGGACUUCCCACCUGGCCCUGGACACAUUUGCUGCCCCAAACUCCACCUUGCUGGGGCGGUGGGGAGAGGUCAGAGCGCAUUGGUGGGUACCCAUGGAGGCCCCAGGCAUUUGGGAUCGGACGAGUUAGCCCUGCGACGACACCUGCUGCCCAAUGGUGCGGCUGCCCCCGAGGGUUGCUGGGAGGUACUUCUGCAGAAGACACUAGCCCUGCCGGAGAGAAUAGGAUCCUUGGAGGCGUCUUGGGGUCGCACAGGGUUGUGGCCCACUGGCAACUGCGACCCUCACCCCCUCCGCAGCCCACCCCUGUCCAGCAGCACGCUGGGUGGAACCCCUGACCACCUCCACCAGUGGUCAGCUGAUCCCCCAAACCCCACCCAACCUCACUGUGGUCCAGCAGUGGGUCCCAGAAUCUGUCUGCCCUGACGAUCUGCCCCUCAGCAACCACAGAGCCCUCCUUCCAUGGCCCAGCCCUAACUACUCUCGGGCUCGUCCCCACUUCCAGCCCGCCGCAGCCCUCCUCCCUACCCAUGUCCCGCCACCUGUCCCGGGAGCUCACUCCUGGUCCCUUCAU